AUGGGACCCACAUGUUUGGAAAGCCUUGAUAGGCUUAAUGAAAAGAAAAAAUGUUGGGCUCCACCUGCUUCAUCACCAUCCUCGAAAACGGCCAUGCCCAUUUUCACUUCCCCUAUCACCUACAACAAUCGUCGGAUAAACCUCCAACAACACUUACCGGCGAGCCAGCUAGGCACCACCAUCAUAGCCGACGGUCUCUACCAGUUCCGACAAAUCACCUUUGCUAGUACAUCGUUGCUCCAACCAGAUUCACAGCGCAAUCAGCCAACCAUCUCCCGUUGA